GCAGCAUUUCAAGCGGCGACUGGCUCUCAGACCCCCUCCAUUUGCGUCUGGCCAAGACUGACCAAGCGUGCAGAGAAGCCGAGGCGGGAAAUAACCCAAGAGGUGCCAAGUCUCCCGCGCCCCGGAACGCUCUUGGCAUUCCGCUGGGUCGACGACGGUCUGGCCAGUCAUUUGCCUCUGCCCAGCUUUAAGCGACUCUCACGUGGCGACGGCAUUGGUCGAAUGCGUCAUCAUCCAACCAUCGUUUGCCUCCAAACCCAAGGUUAUUCGCCAAGACUCUCAUGCUCCUUGGGCCCUUAUUGGCUCUUGGCUCUUCCGUCGUCAAUUCACGAUAAUCAAGGGAAUCCAUGCCAAGAAGUGAACCUUUGUUCGCGUCAUGAUCCAAGAGCAACAUAUAAACCCGACAGUUCCCCCGCCUCCUCCCGGAUGGAAAAGAAAGAAAAAGGUUAAAUCUCCUCUCUCAAUUCCUCCCCGAUCCAUAACUACCCCGAUCUAAGGUGUAUUCUCUGCCUGGUGUAGGUGUAUGGACUCACAUUGCUUGGAGGAUACAAUCUAUAUGGAGCCUCCCUAAGGACAAGCCCCACUAUUAGAUUCUAUCAUAUCAUAUAACUCUUUCUUAAACCCAUUGACACAAAAAACACAACUACAUAUAGACACACAACAACAUGACAAACAACGAGAAGAAGCAGACUGAUACGGCUCAGCCGUUAUCGCAACCCGCCCAUUCCCUCUCCUACAAUGCCGUCCUCCAAGAGCUCAAAGUGAACGCGGAGGAAGGCCUCACAACGGCGGACGCCAAGAACCGUCUUAGUCAGUAUGGGCCCAAUGAACUGGAGGGCGGAGAAGGGGUCUCCCUUAUAAAGAUUAUCAUUCGACAAAUUGCCAAUGCAAUGAUGCUGGUUCUCAUCAUUGCGAUGGCGGUUAGUUUCGGUAUUGAAUCAUGGAUCGAGGGUGGUGUUAUUGGCGCUGUCAUCCUGCUCAACAUCGUGGUUGGUGUUUACCAGGACUAUGCAGCGGAAAAGACCAUGGAUUCCCUGCGCUCCUUGAGUUCCCCAACCGGUGUAGCCACUCGCGACGGCAAGACCAGUACCAUCCCUGCCACCGAGAUCGUUCCCGGAGAUAUGAUCGAGCUUAAAGUGGGUGACACCGUCCCCGCGGACCUUAGGCUCGUUGAUGCCAUGAAUUUCGAAACCGACGAAGCGCUGUUAACCGGUGAAUCCCUGCCAGUACAAAAGGAGGUUGACUCUGUGUUCGACCCUGAUACGGGACCGGGCGAUCGCCUGAAUAUUGCUUAUAGUUCAUCUACCGUGACCCGGGGCCGCGCCCGUGGGGUUGUGGUUGGGACCGGAAUGAGGACGGAAAUCGGUGCGAUCGCCGCCGCCCUCCGUGCCGGGGAUUCCAAGAGACGGCCCGUUAAGCGUGGUCCCCAGGGCGAGACCAAAAAGCGCUGGUAUGUGGAAGCGUGGACCCUGACCUGCACCGAUGCAGUCGGUCGCUUCUUGGGUAUCAAUGUCGGAACCCCUUUACAACGGAAGCUCUCUAAGUUGGCCUUACUACUCUUCGCAAUUGCCGUGGUCUUCGCUAUUGUGGUCAUGGGUGCAAACGAGAUGCGGAAUGAGAAGGAAGUCAUCAUCUACGCAGUGGCAACUGGCCUGGCUAUGAUUCCUGCCUGUCUAGUGGUGGUCUUGACUAUUACUAUGGCGGUAGGCACCAAGCAGAUGGUACAAAGAAAUGUCAUUGUCCGAAAGCUUGAUUCCUUGGAAGCUCUCGGCGCUGUGACUAACAUUUGCUCAGACAAAACCGGAACACUUACUCAGGGUCGUAUGGUUGCUAAAAGGGCUUGGCUCCCAUCACUCGGUACAUACUCCGUAGGAUCCUCUAGCGAUCCCUUGAACCCCCAAGAAGGAGACUUGAGCCUGCUAUCUCAACCCCCUGUUGAGCUCCAACGUGAUACACAAGGAGAGCCUCGAGACCCUCAAGAUCUACUGAAGGAGAACCAGGUGUUGGAAGACUACCUUAAUGUCGCGGCAAUGGCCAACCUUGCCCAUGUCCACAAGUCGGAGAAUGAUGAAUGGCAAGCACGUGGUGAACCCACGGAUAUCGCUAUCCAGGUAUUCGCGUCUCGUUUCAACUGGGGCCGUGAUCGUUGGACCAAGGGCGAAAAGCCGGUUUGGACCCAGAAAGCCGAAUAUCCUUUCGAUUCGACCGUGAAGAAAAUGUCGGUGAUUUUCGCCCAAGGUGACCGCGAGAUGGUUUUCACCAAAGGCGCCGUCGAACGUGUGGUGGAUUCCUGCACAUCAGUCAUCUGGACCGCUGGUUCUAGUCCCGUUCCCCUGGAGGAAAGCAUGAAAGAAGAAAUCCUGCAGAACAUGGAAGCUCUGGCCAAGGAAGGCCUUCGAGUGCUUUGCCUCGCUUGCCGGGAGAAUAAGGGCCCCGCCAACGGAGAGGAAGUUCCUCCAAGAGAGGAAAUUGAGAAAGACCUCACGUUCUGCGGUCUUAUUGGUCUCUAUGACCCCCCUCGUCCCGAAACUGCCGGUGCCAUCGAAGAAUGUUACCGCGCGGGAAUUUCUGUGCACAUGGUGACAGGUGACCACCCCGGUACAGCACGUGCUAUCGCAGCGCAGGUCGGCAUUAUUCCUGCAAACAUGGACAGCGUCGCAAAGGAUGUGGCGGAUGCCAUGGUCAUGACAGCCAGCCAGUUCGAUAAAUUGACGGAAGACGAGAUUGAUGAUCUCCCCACUCUCCCGCUAGUUAUUGCUCGCUGCGCGCCUCACACAAAGGUCCGCAUGAUUGAUGCUUUGCACCGUCGUGGCCGAUACGCGGCAAUGACGGGUGACGGUGUUAACGACUCACCGUCUCUCAAGCGGGCUGAUGUUGGUAUUGCUAUGGGACAGGCAGGUUCUGACGUAGCAAAGGAUGCCUCGGAACUGGUUCUGAUGGAUGACAAUUUCGCUUCCAUCAUCAACGGAAUUGAAGAGGGCCGUCGAAUUUUUGAUAACAUUCAAAAAUUCGUCCUGCAUUUGUUAGCCGAAAACGUUGGACUUGCGCUUACUCUACUCAUUGGUCUGGUAUUCAAGGAUGUCAACGGACAGUCCGUGUUUCCCAUUGCACCCGUCGAAAUUCUCUGGAUCAUUAUGAUCACCUCUGGUCUCCCUGAUAUGGGAUUGGGAAUGGAGAUCGCAGCACCGGAUAUUAUGAAUCGCCCACCCCAGAGU